CCUCAAUCGACCAAUUGAACAGCCUCAGAAGGACGUACUGUAGUGUCUCGUUGAAUGAGGUCAAAGUGAGAAGAAUGCAUGCAAACGAAGAUGUUGCUGACUAAGCGAUGGUAACUCAAGUAGGAACCCGAAAAAGGUAGCCUCGGCAGCUGCAGCGUGUUUUUGGUGCGACAACGGGCCAAGCAGUGCUCGACGUCGUCGACGGCCACCUGCUCGGCAUCGCCAACGGCGUUGCGCUCUUUAGCGAGAACAACGCUCUCGACAACACCCAGCACUAUCUGCUUGCAAAGUCGGAAACCGCUACGUGCGGUCAAUACCCAUCAUGACUCUCACCAUUCUCAUGUCGUUUUCCGUUCUCGCGCUGGUCGUGACUGCUCGGCCCAUUCUUCCUCAUGACACCCCGCAACCGGAACCUCUUACGCCUGCUAUCCAGAAUGUCGUUCAGGCAAUAUUCCAAUCGCGUACUCGACAGUCGCCUGAAGGUUUAGUAUACGAGGACCAGGACAUCCAUGUGAAGCUCACCUCCCCAGAAGAGCAACACGCCGUCCUCUCAGAGUUGGAUGACCUUGAUGCUGUCAAAACUAUCGUCCCCAUAGGUUUAGACGGUGUUCUCUCUGAUGACGAGAAGAAGCUUUACGACAUCAUCAGCACCUCCAGCUCUGGUGGCUUGAAUGACUUGGACGGCGGCGAACGUAUCCCUGAAGAGUUUAGCUUGCUAUUCAAAACAGACGCUGCGGAGGAUUCCACGUCUGUAGCUGAAGACGAUGGGUCAUAUACUGAUACCCCGUUCAGCAGUAUGAAUGCAUUCAGCUCGCCUCCGCUCAUCAUCUUGGCUCUGUCAUGUGUCGCGGCUUUCUUAGCAAUGGGCUGCAUAGCAGUCGCCGUUUAUACCACUCGUUUCAUCCACAAACAAGUCUUGGGCUCCAACAUGGCAUGGGAAAUGUUGCCUCGGUUGGAGAAACAAGAUUGUUUGGAAUAUACCUCAAACGAAGAUGACCAGGGUGCCUCAAACAACCAAUCUGACGAAGACUCGCCGUCCGAGACGGACAUCGUUGUUGUGUCCGAGCCUCGCGAAUUUCCUCCGCAGGUUAUCGAAGAGAAAGAAGACCUUAUUGUCUUUGAUACCGAGUCCUCAGAUAUGGAAGACGAGGUAUAUGACGAGAAGUUCCGAGAUGCGGAGUUCUUUGAUGCAGAAGAACGUCCUUCAUCAGUACUCGAAAUCCGUCCCGAGGACCUCCCGCGUAUCGUCCUCAACAAGGAUGAAGAAUAUCCGGACCCCGAUUUUCUUCCCUUGCCUCAAUUUUCAACCCCCUUCUCUACACCUCCUCCUUCGCCCCCGCAUUCACCUCUCCGCCGCCCUUCGCAAAUGCGUGAAGCCAAUCUUAUUUCUUCACCUGUAUCCAAACCUGCAUGGUCUCUCCGCGCCGCUGAUGCUCCAGCUCUCGGGCUAAUGAGCUCAUCCUUAUCUUCCCGGUCCCCCACACCCCGUCUUGAUCGUUCCCUCUCUCGUUCAUCCACUCCUUCCUUGGAAAAUCUCGCCAUCCCUGGCGCGCUCUACCCUGAUCUUCCCUUGAGCUCCGAGCCGGAGAUGAGGGAAGUUGAGAUUCCAGGUCGACGAAGAGCGUAUCGCGCACCUGUGCCUGAAUUAGACAUUGCAUUCGCUAUGCAGUUGAGACCUGGUCUUGGAUUGGGUGCGGACCCUGCUUGGCUUGUUAGGUUCUUGAUGGCCAUGUUCGGUUGGAUGACAGUUCUCAUUGGGGGAAAUGGUGGCAAUGGCAGGGAGAGGAGGGCUAUUGCCUGAAGUUACGAUGGAUUGGCAUUUAUGAUUGGUUAGGUUUCUCGGAUCGGCCCAUAUGCAAGGACUUCUAUGUUCUUGUCAUGUUUUGGUUGGAUUAGACUUCAGGAGGUCGUUUGGUUCUUCGGUUUCAUUUCUCAUUCUCACAUAUGCAUCCACUCAUUCACUCAUUUCAACCCUAUUUCCCGUCUCAUAUUUUCUCUCUCAUAUCCACACAUUCACCACGGAACAUUCAUCUGCAUUGAUUCAGAUUUCAUCAUGGAUACUUCGUACAUACGUAUAUCCUACAUCAUGUGAAUAGUUCCCCACUCCUUGCACACCUGCGCUUACAAUGUUGACCCUUCGUUACGUUUACCAUCCCUGCAUGUGUAACGUCUCCAGUCUCAAUAUCACCAGUAAGUGAAUUUGCCCACACUUCGUAUAUCUCGAGCAUGACAUCUGAAGAAUAUAUAAUACAAUAUUAGAUAUAGUCUAGUCUUGAGUUUCAUAUAGCCUAAGAGUUCAUGAUCAAUGGGGAGUGGUCAGGAGGUGUCGAACCUCUGCUCAUUCUAGACGGCCUUGUAGGAACGGGACUUGGCCGCCUAGACGAGGACGGUGUACCUGGCAAGCUUCCUGUCCCUCCGCCUCUCCCUCUAUGACUUCCUGUCGCACUCCCUGUCCGUGCUAGUGCUGGUGUCCCUCCAACAGGCGUAGCUGUUCCACUAGGUACACUGCUGGCACCUGUUGAUGCUGGUGGAAUCCUGAAUAACUUCAUAUGGAGCCAUCCUAUCCAUGUGGCUUGGUAGGCUGCCCGUUCUCGUUCCUCCCUCCUGCGCUCGAAUGCAGCUCUGUAUCGAUCAUAGCUUUCUCGGAAUGAACGAUCGACUCUUGAGGAGAAAAUGAGUUCUCCUCGAGGGUUUGAGGCCGGUGGUAUGGGGGAGAUUGGUACAGAGGAGCUGCGUUUCGUGGCUCGUUUCGGUGAAGGUGAGCGUCGUCGUGAGGAUGGUGAUGAGGGUGAUGGAGUUGACGAAGGUGAUGGGCGAGGGAAAAGGAAGGAGAAGGGGUUGAAUGGGAGUUUGGAACGUAAUGGCGGUUGGCGGACGUUAAGAUACAUGUUGAAAUUUCGUAAGGCACGAUUGGCAUGGGGGACAUAUCUUGCCAUAUUCAUAAGACAAUAAUCAGGUAUGAAAUUACGGGAAUAAACAUACCUAUUGGCAUACC